AUGAGUGAAGACGCUGAAAGAUCAGAGGCCUUGCCUACACCAAUACUGGCAACUGUGCCUCAGCCAUUUCCCACUACUGAACCUGCUUCUGCUUCGCUUUCUCAUGAAUCGUCGAAAGCCUCUGAGCUUACAAGUUCUGACAAGCUCUCUGAGCUACCGUCUCCAUUCGCCGCAACACUUCCGUCACGACGCCGGCAUCAUAGUCUUGAGGAUACCCCCGCAUCACAUUCAGCACCGGAGAUACGGAGGCUAGGAAACACCAGCUCUCCUGCGCUUCAACAAGCAGCCGACUCGAGCGAGGGUUCCUUGGGGCGUAUCGGACGCUCGGGCACGCGCGUGAGCUUCGAGAGCGAUCGUACAUCUCUGCCCAAUGCUACCCCACGCAUGAACGCCAGCCCGCGGCCAAAUGCCAGCCCCCGCCUUCCAGCAUCAGAUAGCGGUCACGCGCACGCACACCAGUACCCCUCUAUGGCAAUUCCUUUUCGCGCUCACUCGCACAAGGACAGCGGAGGUCCCGAGAGCCCACGUAGUCGCACUUCGUCGCCGUUUCGGGCGGUCAUGGAUCGUCUGCCUACUCUGCAACGCCUUCGCUCGCGAGAAGAACCAUGGAUCGCCGUUGAUCCAUUCCGCUUCUUACACCUGUCGUCCUUGCUUCUGCCCCACAAACAUCCCCAUUUAGCCUCUAAUGGGGAACCCAUCAACUGCCGCUGCAUCCCUCUCCUGCAUUCGACGACGUUUCACGCUUUUCACAUCUUCAUCUUCGGCGUCUUACCAAGGAGCCUGUAUUUGCACAUACUGCUACGCCUGCCCUCGCUCUACUUCUCUCGAGUAGCGCGCAUCUUCGAGGAUGCGGAACUCUCACGGCCAGAUAUGGAUCGCGUCGUGGAGCUAUGCAUGUCAUACACCGACUUGCCCGCACGGGCCCGUUCCCCGCUACCGGACCCUGAGUCCUGGGUCCCGCCCGUGGUCUCUCCUGCACUCGCGCGCUUCAAGCGUAGCUGGGAGACAUUCAUCGAGCAGCUACUCCGCGAAUGGAAGACGCUCAACCUCGUCAGCGCGCUGCUACUCUCGGCCAUCUUAACGAUGUUCCAAAUCCCGUCGGCGGCGAACGACACUCUCACGCGGACCGCGGCGCUGCUCAGCCUCAUCUUCGCAACGAUGAGCGUGAGCUAUGGUUGCGUCUACAUUGUACGCUUCAGUACAAUGAGGAGCAUGUAUCGCGCGAGCAAGUGGGCGGAUGAGGCGCGGCGAGCUGAGGCGCGCGUAUGGUGGAAUGCGUGGGUACUGCUCGCGCUGCCUGCAGUAUGGCUCGCAUGGUCUAUGGUCGCGUUCCUCGUUGCCAUCCUCUCCUUCGUCUGGCGGACUGGUGCGCGCGAUGAUCCUGAUGACGACUCGCGAGACAGGGAACUACCAAAGGAUCAGAUGCUCGGCCCCCGCAUCACCAUCACAGCAGUACUCGCGCUCGGUCUCGUCUACUUCGCCUUGGUCAUCUCCACAUUCGCGCGAUAUAGCAGCAGUCGUCCUAGGUGGUGGCGGGAGACUGACUUCGCGCUGCGUUCUGGCGAGACGCAGAGUGACCGCGGACGUGGUCGCGUGCGCGAUGAUCGAAGUUCUGCGCGCUCUAGGAGGGAACGAGAGCGAGGCGCUAUGGAUGGUGGUGGAGAAGCUAUUGGUCUUGGGCUUAGGCCACCUGAGAAAGGCGAUGGAGACGGAGCUAGCGGGUCGACAUCGCCGUAUGGGCGCUGA